UCAGCUCUCUCAUUAAUUUCUUUUCUCACAAAUUUGCCUCUCAAAAUCACUCUCUCAGAACUCACGUCUCCCCCAAACUGUCUCGCCCAGCUCUUCGAUUCCAAAUUGGGAUAUUAAGUCUUCCGCUUCGAGGCAAUAUCUCUGAACCUGAAAUUCCUACCAUAGACCAGUCUAUCACACAUGGUCAGGUUCAUCCACAAGUUUGCAUGAGGGACAUGCGCAACAGACUUAUCAUAGAGCCUGACGGCUAUGGGUCACAUGGCUUCAGCUUCUUACUGGUCCAUUAUUUUCAGCACUCUCUUACAUCCCUUAACCCCCUAACGGAAAAGGAACUUGGGAGGACCAUAACUCAGGCUGAGGCAUUCAAGGCUACAUAUACAAGGAAGAAGAAACCUCCUGAAGAUCCUGAUGUUUGGGUUGAGCCACGAGCUCAGCUGACCUAUAAUCGAUAUCUGCAAUGCAUAAAGGAUUUUCGCCAAACUCUGUCAGAAGAUAAGCGAGACCUACCACUUAGCCAAGAGCAGAAUGAGAGAAUAUAGUUAGGUGCGGUCGGUGGCCCGAGUAGGUGUGGAUAUGCUUCUGGAUUUCCCUAACGAACCUUUCGUGAAUUUCCUUCGGAACUAGAAGUCCUAGGUAGUUUCCAGGAUGAUGAGUUAAGGGAGACGAUUUUGGCUUUGAAGCAGCAAAUAGCUAAGCUAUCUAGCGAAGCUAAGGCCUCGCAGGCUAGGGAAAGGCAAAGAGAUAUACAUUAUGCAGGAAUGAAGGCCCAAUUCGAUGCGUUACUUGCUUCGGAUGUAGUGCGCCCUCCUCGACCUCCACAGUCUCUACCUAUUUCACAUGAAGUAUAUGGUCAAUACAGAGAUGUGACUGAGGAACCCAGCAGUGAUGAAGAUGAUGAGGAUUACUAUGUGGGCAAUACACCGCCGCGUUGUUAAAGUUGAAUGUUGUCUAGAUAAUCCAAACUAUAUACUUUAUGGUGGUUUAUUUGUAUUCUUAGGUGUUUUUGAAUGCAUUAAAACUUUAAAGUAUUAUGGACAAUAGUAUUGUGAAAUAACGUAUGACUUUUAUGUUUUAUUCGUUCAAUUUCAAGGUAUUUAAAUUUUAUUUUCA